CAAGUUUUUUUAGCCUUUCAAAUGAAAUUAAACUCACAAAAAGUGAAUUAAAAAGAUGUAAAAAAAGGUAGAAAAGUGAGUCUUACUUAUAAAUCUUUUCAACUUCGGACCUAUGGUUGAAGGAGAGUACUGGAGAAUGAAAACAUGCACAUUUUGGAAGUUUCCUUUGUCUCCGAGUCUGAUUCCUAUGUGGUGUGGUGGACAGGAUCAGAAUCGGAUCCAAGAAUGAGGUUGACUUGUAGAAGAGAUCAGAGUAUCUCCAGUCUUGGGUUCCACUCCGUGUACUGUAUGAGUGUAGAUAUGAGAACCCUGUACUGUUGUGAUGACCUGGAGAAUUACAAUAUAAACCAAUUUAUCUUGGACGGAAAUGAUUGGAAACAUAUUAAAUAUUUUAGUUGUGAGGACGAACUUAUUAUGAUAUCUUUGGAGAAAGAAGAAACCGUCCUAACCGCAGCGUUCAAUUCAGGAUUUAUUCUUUUCAACCUGUUUAAGGAGACAGACCCAUUGAUUCUUCGAUUUCCAAAGGGUGUGAAUAAUCUAAGAAUCCGAAACCAGUUUGCGAGUAGAUGUGCUCUGUUUGAAAACCUAGCAGUUUGUGCUCUCCGGCGGGAUAUUUAUAUUUGGAACCUGGACACAGGUUUGCUGGAGAAUGUUCUAAGUGCUCAUGUUGGACGCAUUCUGGGGAUGUUUCCUUUGCAUCAAGCGGAGAAAGACUUAGUAAUAACUUUCUCCGGAGAUAGAACCAUCAAGGUUUGGGACCUGGAACUACGGAACGAGGAAACCCAUGAACUUCACAGCCAGGAUUUGGCUUCCAGGAUCAUACAUGUUCCAGAUACAGGGACGAAUGUGUUUACUGAAACUAGAAACUGUGUAUGUAUCUGGGAUUCUAAAACAGGACGUAUUCUCAGAAAGAUUUCAGAGUCUCCACUUGGUGCAGUCAUUACACAGUCAGUUAUUUCUAGGAACGGAGACCUCCUUGUAACAAGUGAAUCCUCCUGCCUGUGUAUCUGGAACCUGAAAACUUAUAAACUCCUUCUAAAGGAGUUUCUGCCAGACAUAAUACAGUUCAUUCUCUGGGACCUGGACAGGAAACUUAUCAUUCUUUCACAGGAGAGUGCUGGAUCGCUUACAAGGAUAAUAAUCCAGUGUAGGACACUUCCUAAAGGAUCUUCUGUAUACAAGACGAGUGUUGGAGCACUGAAACCUAAACCUGGAUCCUUGACCUGCUCUGAACUCUGGUUGGUAGUUUUAGGUUACGAGAACCAGCUUCAAAAUAUCUCAGUGUUCCACACCGCUACUGGAGAUUGUCUUUACACCCUGAACCCUAAGGGUCUUCUCACCAAGGAUGUUCUCCGUCUAGUUCCAGUUCAGAGUAAACCCUACUCCAUUGGUAUAAUAAACUCAGAGAAAGGAGCAAUCCUAGACAUCAAAAACAGAAGAAACAACAAAACUUAUCCUGGUUGGAAUGGAUCUACGACAAGUGAUGGAAAGAUCGGAGUCAGGAAAAUAAUUAUUUUUAAUGCACCCUGCAGAGGAGGAUUAGGUUUGCUUGAUAUGAAAACCGGAAAUAUUUUCAGGACUCUGAUUGAACGAAAGAACGAUGGUCUCCAUCAAGUUCUCAGUUUCCUGGAUCCAACGGAGAAUAUUGCAAUCUACUAUUCUCCAGCUCUUCUCUCCAUCCAGAUAUUUAGGUUAUCAGAUGGAUUAAGGAUAGCCAACUACUCCGAACCGAGAGGAAUCGACUGUUUAUCUGUCAGCAAAGACGGACAGUCUUUAUUUUACUCCAGUAAGGACGGAAAACUUGUCAGGAAAACAAAUCUAGCUCACCUGUCCCCAAACCCAGACCUACCUAACGAUUGA